CUCUUCUCGUUUCUAGAAAAGCUUGAAGUAUAGUUAAUGGCUCCAAAACGUGGUGAGAAGUUGGUGGUGAAAUCCACCAAGAAAGUUGUGGAAUCGAGCGUGCAAGUAACGGUUGUAAGCAGCAGCAGCAGCAGAAGACAAACACGGGGAAGCAAAGAAACAGAAGAAGCAGAAGGUGGAGAAGAGCAUGUGAUGGUUAUUCCCGUUGAAGAAGUGAAUCCUCAAGUUCAAAAGGAUUCACCUACCUCUGCCAUUACUGAUGAAAAAAAAGGUGAGAAAAAAAACAGCACUGGUGAAGGUGAAGAUGGUGGAGUGCAGAAUGAAGAGAAAGAGAAGGCAAGAACAGGAAAAGGGUGGAAUGGGAAAGAGAGAAAAAGGGGGAAAAAGAAGGGAAGAAAAAGUGCAGAAGGGUAUCAGAGGUAUGUGUAUAGGGUGUUGAAGCAGGUGCACCCUGAAAUGGGAAUAUCUUCGAAAUGCAUGAUUGUUCUGAACAAUUUGAUGAAUGACAUGUUUGAGAGAUUGGCUGGUGAAGCUGCUAAGUUGAAGGAUUACACUGGACACAUGACAUUGUCUUCGAGGGAGAUUCAAGGAGCAGUGAAGCUGGUUUUGCCAGGAGAGCUUGGGAAGCAUGCCAUUGCAGAAGGUGUGAAAGCUGUGAAUAAAUUCACCUCCUAUGAUACUGAUGAAUAGUGUAGUAGACAAUAGUUCUAUGUUUGAUGUGUAAAAAUUUGUACUUGAUUAGGUAGAAGGUGACUAGGUUAAGGUUUUUGUUGUUUUAGGUGUGUAUUGUUGUGGUGUUAAGUAGAGAUGUGUUUAGUAUUUUGCAAUUUGGAGAGUCGUGUAUGGUUGGUUGGUUGGUUCUUCUGAUAGGGUGAGAAAUGUAGAUCACUCACUGUUUUAGUGAGCUUGUUUAUCUGUAAUACAAUUAGUAGCUAUUUCCAGUUUCAUUGAUUUCUUU